CUUUCCCACUUCAGUAGCAAAUAGGGGGAAUUAUGGGUUGGUGGUCUGCUUCCCCUUAGGAAGACACUCCUCCAUCUGUUUUCAGUACAGCCUGUUUUCAAUUUAAACACAGAUUUCAAUACAAACCUCAAUUUCUUUACUCCAUUUUAUAUGCAAAGUGAGGCUUAUGAAUCGGUGUCAUUGCCAUAAGGGCUCGGACCAAAUUUCCCCCCAAAAUUCACAGGCUGUUCAUUUGAAUACCUGCUUACAGUGGUACACAAUGGGCAGCUUUGAGAAGAAAAAUUGAUAAUCUUCACGGAAGAGUAAUUUGAAUGAAAUUACACUUGACAGCCUGUCUCCAAGCAAACAAGGAGAGUGAGGGAGCCUUAGCUAAGCUCUGAGGACUUGCCUAAGCCUCUGCUGUUGGAGCUUCCCAGGGAAAAAAAAAUCCACACUUUUUCCUACAUCUGACUGAAGCUUUUGAUUAAUUCUCUGUAGCUGUUUCUAGUGAAGAAAGGUAGCCAUGGAAGAGAAUAUGGAAGAGGGACAAACACAGAAAGGAUGCUUCGAGUGUUGCAUCAAAUGCCUGGGAGGCAUUCCCUACGCGUCUCUGAUUGCCACCAUCCUGCUCUAUGCUGGAGUUGCACUGUUCUGUGGCUGCGGGCAUGAAGCACUUUCAGGAACCGUCAACAUUCUGCAAACCUACUUUGAGAUGACAAGAUCUGCGGGAGAUGUUAUUGAUGCCUUUACCCUGAUUGACAUCUUCAAGUACGUGAUAUAUGGUGUAGCAGCUGCAUUCUUUGUAUAUGGCAUUCUGCUGAUGGUGGAGGGAUUCUUUACAACUGGUGCCAUCAAGGAUCUCUAUGGAGAUUUCAAAAUCACCACUUGUGGCAGAUGUGUGAGUGCCUGGUUUAUUAUGCUGACAUACAUCUUUAUGUUGGCCUGGCUUGGAGUUACAGCUUUCACUUCUCUGCCUGUUUACAUGUACUUCAAUCUUUGGACCAUUUGCCGAAAUGCCACCGUAGUGGAUGGAGCUAAUCUCUGCUUGGAUCUUCGCCAGUAUGGUAUUGUAACUGUUGGAGAGGAAAAGAAGGUUUGCACCUCAUCAGAAAGUUUCAUCAAGAUGUGUGACUCUAAUGAGCUAAACAUGACAUUCCAUUUGUUCAUUGUGGCACUUGCUGGAGCUGGAGCAGCAGUCAUUGCUAUGGUUCAUUAUCUCAUGGUCUUGUCUGCCAACUGGGCCUAUGUGAAAGAUGCUUGCAGAAUGCAAAAAUAUGAGGAUAUUAAAUCAAAGGAGGAGCAAGAGCUGCAUGAUAUUCAUUCUACUCGCUCUAAAGAGAGGCUCAAUGCUUAUACAUAAAAGAAACCUUGUCUUACUUCCUAACAUGUGAAUGCUUUGUUGUUUAACUAAAGGCCAUCCUACCAUUUUAAAAACAAUUGAAAGUGCUUCUCACAAAAGAUAGUUUGGGUGACUUACAUAUCACCUACAUACAAUUCUUGGUUGUCUAGCACUUGGUUUCUUAAUUAGUUCUUACUUUGUGCGACCAUUCUAUACCACGAAGCUCCUAAAUAGCCUUUCCUGAAUCCCUUUAAGCUAAUUAGUUCUGAUAGGUCAAGAAUACUAAACUAUUGUCAAAUACAACUAUGUGUUUGAUUUUUUUAAUCACUUUGUAUGUGUUAUGCAUAACACCUUUUGCAUUGUUUCUUAUAUGUUUUUGGAAAAAAAAAAGUAGCUUUUUAUACUUUUUAGUUUUGAGUUCAGUAACUACUUUAACUACAGGUAUACUUCAAAGGGACCAUUGUACAUGAUGUACAAUAUAUAAAGAAAACAUUCUGAUGACUUUCCUUUAUAUAUGGAAAACCUGCCAGAGGGACCCUGAUCAACUUGAAUGAAGGUCCUAAGAACGUUUUAAACAAUCAAAGGUGCAAUUUCUAAAUUUGUAAUAGUGGGUAAAAAAAUAAAAAAAAA